AUGUUAGUUACUGCAGACAGUGUGGUGAAGACAUUCGUAUUCUAAACACAAUUCUUAUUGAAAAUUUAAAAUAAUUCAUAAUCAUAUUAUUGUUAUUAUUUACUUUUGUUUCAAGACUAAAAUAAUAGUGUUAAUUAUAUCUAUAUGCUAAUGGUUUUUUUCUUUUUUACUUUAUAUUUUAUAAUAUAAUUUAUUAAAUUUAUUAAAUUGUUAAAUUGUUUUAACACACUGAUUUUAUUUUUAUUUACAAUCGAGUAAAUGUUGUUGACAAUAACUAUACAAUCAUCUUAGAGAACCACGCUACUAUUAUAUGUCAGCCAUUAUGUGGUGCGCUAGUCUAAUGGUCUGCGUCUCAGCUUUGGUGACAUGUGGGAACACCGCAGGUAUUUUGUACCCACGAGAGUCCGAAUCUCGGGAAGUCAAAUCGCUGGAUGGCAUGUGGAAUUUCAGACUAUCUCUUCCCGAUCCCCUCGUCGGUUUCAAGGAACGCUGGUACAUGAAAGACCUAAGCAAGACUGGUCCAGUGAUCCAAAUGCCGGUGCCCAGUAGUUACAACGACGUGAUGGUGGACAAGAAAAUCAGAGACCAUGUCGGUUUGGUUUGGUACGAUAAAUCGUUUUUCGCGCCUGAGUCGUGGAGGCAGCAGGGUUAUAGAGUUUUCUUAAGAUUUGGCAGUGUUAAUUACGCAGCUCAAGUAUGGGUGAAUACACAUUUAGUACUCAAUCACGAAAUUGGCCAUUUGCCUUUUCAAAGAGACAUAACAGCUAAUCUAAAGUUUGGACGGCUGAAUAGAAUAACCGUAGCCGUGGAUAACGUUUUAUUAGCAACGACUGUGCCACAAGGAUCUUUACAAAACAUUAGCACAAAUACUGGACCUAAGACCAUACAAACGUAUACUUUUGACUUCUUCAACUAUGCCGGUAUACAUAGGUCCGUGUUCUUGUACACAACACCUAUUGUGUACAUCGACGAUGUUGACGUGACGACCAAUUACACUGAGGAUGGCGUAGGUCUUAUUAAUUACAAAAUACAAUAUGGAGGAUCGCUGAGCAGUGGCGAAAUGUUAAAUUGUUCCAUAACAGUGCUGAACAAUGAAAACGUGCGAGAAAAAUUCACCGUGAUCGCCAACGACGAAGAAGGUCUGUCGGGAAUUAUAAAAAUCGAAAACGCGAAACUUUGGUGGCCGUACUUGAUGCACGAAGAACCGGGAUACAUGUACACGUUGGAGAUCCGGCUUUCGACCACUUGGAAUGUGGACGACGUAUACCGAUUACCGGUCGGUAUCAGGACGAUCAAGUGGACGAAUACGGCGUUCCUCAUCAACAACAAACCGGCGUACUUGAGAGGGUUUGGGCGACACGAAGAUUCAGAUAUACGAGGGAAAGGAAUGGAUUACGCUCUGGUGACCAGAGACUACGAUCUCAUCAAGUGGAUCGGAGCGAAUUCUUACAGGACGUCCCACUACCCGUACGCGGAAGAAAUCAUGGACUUUGCAGACAGACACGGCAUAAUGAUCGUAGACGAAUGUCCCAGCGUUGACACCGAUAAUUUUUCUGAUAAACUAUUGAAGAAACAUACUACGAGCUUAGCGGAACUCAUCAAGAGGGACAAAAAUAGACCUAGUGUGGUCAUGUGGUCCAUUGCAAACGAGCCACGAUCGCAUCACAAAGAAGCCGAUUCGUAUUUCAAAUCUGUAGCUAUUUUUGUCAAAACCUUAGACGGUUUGCGGCCCAUAACAGCUGCUAUUGCGACAGAACUUGAUACUGACCUACUGGGUCAGCACUUAGACAUCAUCGGUUUCAAUAGGUACAAUGCUUGGUACACAUUACCCGGUCACACGGAGAUCAUCCAGAGCCGGAUAGAAGAUGAAGCAGCCAAAUGGCACGCCAAACACAACAAGCCGGUUUUCAUGACGGAAUACGGUGCUGACUCGUAUGCCGGUUUGCAUAUGAGUCCUUCGUUCGUUUGGUCUGAAGAAUAUCAGGUAGAACUGAUGUCCGAACACUUCAAAGCGUUCGACACACUCCGAACUAAAAACUUCUUCAUCGGCGAAAUGAUAUGGAAUUUCGCAGACUUUAAAACCGAACAAACUGUCACAAGGGUAGGAGGGAACAAGAAAGGCGUUUUUACGCGACAGCGAGAGCCUAAAUCGUCAGCAUAUCAUCUGAGGAAAAGGUAUUGGGCAUUGGCCAACCAAUUGGACGGUGCACAAUUACCUUGCAACAUUAAAUCUUAUGUGAUAGAUAGCAACAGGCAAAAUAAUGUUGAACUUUAACAACGUUUUAUAGUAGCAGUAAUUGUCGACUGUGUUUGUAACAGUCUUCCUAAAAAUAUGAAAUAUGAAAAGGUAUACAUUGGCUGAUAUACUGUACGAUUUGUAUUUGGGUAUUUAUUAAUAAUAUUAUAAUUUAUAAUAAUAUACUAUAAAUUAAAAUAGUUUUUCGGAUAUACCAAGAAUAUUAUGCUUAGAAAUGAUGUAAGCGGGCUUAUUUAAAUAAGAAAAGUUGAAUUUGGUUUAUAGCGAAUAAGUUACUAUUAUUUAAAAUGUAAGACUAUAUACUUGGUAAAUUACCUAAUACCUAUAAUCUAUAUACAAUUUACUGUGUUACGUGCUAUAAUUUUUAAUUUAAAAACAUAAUAUCCUAUAACUUAUAAGGCAGGUACAUUUAAUUUAUGUAAUUUGUUUUUAAAUGAUUAUAGUAGUAUCAUAUUAUGAUUUUAAAUGAUGUAAAUCUACUGGAAGUACAUAAAAAAAAAAAAAUUAUUUUAUGGUUAAUAUUUUAGUUUUAAAAUAGUAAAAUAUGUUAUAUACUUACAAUAACAUGCUUUUUGUUAUACACAAACGCUUAAUAGACGUGUUGCUUAAGAAUUUAAAAGUCUAGUUUUUAAUUGCAUACUUAUAUAAUAUAUAUGUAUAUUUGUUAAGUUUUAAUUGUUGUGAUACCUAUUUGAAAACAAACUUCUCUUGCUAUCGCCUAUCAUAUAUGUAAAAUUGUAUUUAUAUAAAUAAAUGUGUGUAAACAUUUUUUUUUAAAAUGA